AUGACCCAUGCCCUUCCGCAAGGUCAAGGGCGAGGGAGCUACCGAGGAGAAGCCCAGUCUCAUUUUUGUCAUGCCUUGUGUUGGCGGCGAGAAGGGGGGAGGAAGGCCGCGCGCGUAAGGGAGAGAGAAAAGUUUUGUUUUCAGAAGCGUGAAGUUUAUUGCAAGAGCGGGGGUCAGUCCGGGGUGUUGUUGUUUCGUUCUGUCCCUCUUGUCGCGGGGUGUCGCGGCGCGCCCCUUUCUCUUAUAGAGGGGCCACCAGCAUCUUCCACUUCCCAGGACCGCCGCCCUUCAAAGGGAGAUUGUCCACGUGUACACCUGGCGUACACGUAG